AUGGCUCACAGACUCCCAGGCCUACCGGGUCAAGGUAGCAAGUGUCGCAAUUGUCAAAGGGCAGAUGCCAGAUGCGAUUUCAUCGAAAAGAGUCCCAACGAGAUCCAUUUGCAGAACUACACGGUAGAAUUGCAGGACCGCAUCAAGCAUUUGGAAGACUAUAUAUCGUCAUCUCGGCUUACUGUGCCCGUGGUUCCUCGUCGUAUAUCAAGAGGGGCAGAGAAUGACCUUGAUGAUUCUGCUUCGGAGAACCUGGCCACAGGAGUGGGGUUUUUAAGUUUAAACGGUGCAGCAGAUCCAUUGUAUCUCGGUGGGAGUUCUGGUGUAGGAUGGGCGAAGGUUCUCAUGCAGUCGUUGAGGCAGAGAACAUCAGCAGGCACACCGCGUAUACCCAACCUGAAUCAGUACCAAGUACCCGGUGUCACAAACGAGCAUAGUGAUUUUCCAUUACCACCUCCAGAAAAUCUAGGAAAUCACUAUAUCUCUACUGUAUACUAUCGAAUCCAAGCAAGGUAUGGAUUCCUAGACUGGCUGGUAAUCCAGUCGUGGCAGUCAAGAGCGAAGUAUCUUUGUAGCCUGCAGCCGUUCAAUCCAUCAACUAUCAACGAAAGUGACAAGGUUGAAGAUUACUUUGGCAGCUUUUUCCUGUGGAUGUUGUAUGGCUUGGGUUCAAAGCUAUCUGAAAAUGAUAAUAUCAUCAAUCCAGUAUCACAUGAGGAAUAUUACAAUUGCGCGUUGAGGCACUUUGUACCACUAUCCAACAUCAAGUCGAUAUCAACCGUCCAAGCUCUAUUACUAUUAAUCGUAUAUACUUUCAGGCAUACAUCCUCUGAAUUCAGUCUUUGGCAUACAGGCGGAUUAGCGAUCCGAUCGGCUAUCGAAUUAGGAUUGCAUAGGAAGAUACGCUCUAAACAUGUUCGAGAGAAGGAUCCAAGGGCUUAUUGUAUGAGGCAAAGAGUCUGGUGGGGUGCAUAUAUUCUAGAUAGGAUGAUCGCGAUCCAAUUCGGUAGACCGUUCGCUAUACAAGAUCGUGACAUCGACAUUGAAUUGCCUGUCAAUCUUGACGCCAAUAUCGCCGACCAGGACGCGCUCUGUGAGCUAUUGACAGCUCAAGCUCUGAUGCCGGAGACCAACCGCCCUGGGGUUGAAUAUCGUCCUGGAUACGGCUGUUUCACCUCCAUGACCUCAUUCAUACAUACUGUCCGAUUAAACCAGCUGAAGUCGAAGAUCCAUGAGCUUGUAUAUACAGUUGAUCGGCCCUCGCUGGACGAUACAAACGCUGUUCAGGCUUUACUCAAUGAGCUUAAUAUGUGGAGGGGAAACUACCCUCCGGAGCCAGAUAAUCGAGUACCUGCUUGCUCACACGAAUUCUUCGAGGUAGAAUAUCACAAUGUACGUAAACGAGGUCGUUACUAG